AUGCAACGAUGCACAGGCUGUCGGUCACAGUUGCAACUCGGCCAGCGUGUGCUCGGACGACGCCGUCAAAGCUCGGCUACCGCAGAGGAGCGAUACAGAGCCCGCAUCGAAACGCACAAUCAUGUCCUCCAAACAUUUGUUCACCUCUUGCCGCCGCGACAGAGCCCAUCCGGUGCCCCAAAGGAUAGCGAUGGCAAGCUACAGGGUCUCUGCGUGGCGAUCAAGGACAACAUCGCCGUUCGAGGGGCUCCCAUGACCUGCGCAUCCAAAAUGCUCAAAGACUUUAGCCCGCCGUACGAAGCGACGGUCGUCAGUAAGCUCAAGGAGCAAGGCGUGACCAUCAUCGGCAAGACCAACAUGGACGAAUUCGGCAUGGGGUCAUCCAACACAUACUCGACCUUCGGAGCGGCGCUCCACCCCAAGAGCCUCGAAGAAGGCCCUGUGUAUGUUGCAGGAGGCAGCUCAGGCGGAAGCGCGGCCGCGGUCUCUGCUGACAUGUGUGACUUCGCGCUCGGGUCAGACACGGGAGGAUCAGUACGCCUGCCUGCGAGCUACAACGGCAUCUACGGACUCAAGCCAUCGUACGGACGACUCUCUCGGUUCGGCCUUGUUUCUUUCGCCAGCAGCCUGGACUGUAUAGGCAUCAUGUCUCGGGACAUCGACCUUUCGGAACGUGCAUACGACGUCAUGAAGGGUCACGAUGAACGCGAUGCUACAUCGAUAGACGACGAAUUCGCAGUGAGAGCCGAGGCUGAUGCUUUGGGGCUCAGUGACGACGAUCUUAGUAAAGUACGAGUGGGCGUACCGUCAGAGUACUUCCCUCGAGAGCUUGCGAGCGGUAUUGCAGACAGCUUGCGAAAGACGAUUACGCGAUUGCGAUCACUGGGCGCAACCGUCGUAUCUGUCUCUAUGCCAGCCACGCGGUAUGCGCUCAGCACGUACUACGUCCUGGCCAGCGCAGAAGCGAGUAGCAAUCUGGCAAAAUACGACGGCAUUCAGUACGGGCAUCGCAGUGUGCGGGACAGGGAGGCAGCGGACAAGGCGUCGACGCCGCUUUACGCGCAAACGCGUACAGACGGCUUCGGACAAGAAGUACAGAGGCGGCUGUUGCUGGGCACCUUUGCUCUUACCGCAGAUGCAUUUGACAACUACUACCUGCAAGCGCAAAAGUCUCGCUUGCGGAUCAGAUCAGAUUUCGACCGGGUCUUUCGAUCUUCCAAUGCGUUGCUUGUCGACCGGACAGGCGAUGACAAGGGUGUCGAUGUAUUACUGCAUCCGGCAGCUAUCCGCACCGCGCCCAAACUGACAGACUGUCCGCCUUAUGCACAGAAGAACGAAAGCGAUCUGUCGGCAUACGUGCAGGACGUCCUGACUGUUCCUGCCAGCUUGGCAGGCGUACCUGCGCUAGCGAUUCCCAUAGAUACAGAGGAAGCGACCGGGAUGCCCAUAGGUGCACAGCUCGUCGCCCAGUGGGGACACGAAAGGACACUGUUUAGCAUUGCGAGAGCUUUGUCGAGUAAUGCAGCUUAG